GUUGUGAUGGGACCAGAAACAUUUUUGCAUUUGUAUUGAGAGGUUUGUUUUUUCCGAGCAGCUCCUGAACGCACCAACACAGGAUCCUGUAACUGCGACUCUCUCUCUCACACACACACAGACAGAGAUUAACAGCAGACUGUUGCUUUUUCUGUUGUCCUGGAGUCAAUUUAAGAUUAAUACCUGACAUUAAUUAAAACAUCUCACCGUUAAUACCUCACACACAUGCGCGCGAGGCUCUCCGCGAGCUGUCAGCGGUUAGAAAUGACGUGUCAACGGCUAAAAACUUGAAAACUUUUUUUUUUUGUCACAGUUUUUUUUUCCUUCGAUGGAGUAAAAAAACAAAACUUUAAGUCACAUUUGAAGCGAUUAUUCGACGCCUUCGUGCCGGUGAAAGGUCCUGGAGACGGUUUGAAACAUGCAGGACGAGCUGUUUGUCGGUGUUUGCAUCGUGAAAGGACAUGCAGCAUGGAGGAGGACCGUCUGAGAGACAAGUGAACUUCUAUUGAGGACCUCAGCAUCAUCAAACCACCUCCAACACCUCCACCUGCAGCAGAACCCAAUCGGAUCAAGCCAACUCGAUGUAAAAAGGGGAGUCACCAUGGAUAUCUUUCCCCAGCCAAGCGGUGAAAUCCAGAGGAGGAACCCUCAGCAUGACUUCGAGCUCAUCCAGAGAGUGGGAAGCGGCACAUACGGAGACGUGUACAAGGCUCGAAACAUAAAAACUGGAGAGCUCGCUGCUGUGAAGAUCAUAAAGUUGGAACCAGGGGAUGACUUUUCCAUCAUACAGCAGGAAAUCUUCAUGGUGAAAGAAUGCAUGCACCACAAUAUUGUGGCCUACUUUGGGAGCUACCUCUGUCGAGAGAAACUUUGGAUAUGCAUGGAGUACUGUGGGGGAGGCUCUCUGCAGGACAUCUAUCAUGUGACCGGACCUCUCUCAGAGCUUCAGAUAGCAUACGUCUGCAGGGAGACCAUACAGGGUUUGGGAUAUCUGCACAGCAAAGGCAAGAUGCACCGUGACAUCAAGGGUGCCAACAUACUCCUGACAGACAAUGGAGAUGUGAAGUUAGCUGACUUUGGAGUUGCGGCCAAAAUAACAGCCACCAUUGCCAAAAGAAAGUCCUUCAUUGGAACACCUUAUUGGAUGGCUCCAGAAGUAGCAGCAGUGGAAAAGAACGGCGGCUACAACCAGCUUUGCGAUAUCUGGGCCGUUGGCAUCACGUCCAUAGAGCUGGCCGAGCUACAGCCUCCGAUGUUUGACCUGCAUCCAAUGAGGGCUCUGUUUUUGAUGUCCAAGAGCAACUUCCAGCCUCCGAAGCUAAAAGACAAAAACAAAUGGUCCACGGCCUUCCACAACUUUGUCAAAGUGUCUCUCACGAAGAACCCAAAGAAGAGGCCCACCGCGGAAAAACUUCUAUCACAUAUCUACGUGGCUCAGACAGGUUUGACGAGGAGGCUCGCCGUCGACCUCCUAGACAAGAUGAACAACCCAGAGAACCACCAGCAUUACACCGAGGUGGACGACGACGACCUGGAGCCCCUCUCUGGUGUCAGACACACCAUCCGGUCCACCAACAAACAGGCCAGAGCUGAGAGGACGCGCUCAGAGAUAGACUCAAACAAUGGGACACACCGAGGAGGGCCAUGCUCAAGUCCUAGCUUCACUGAGGGACACAGGGGGGACGCAGUCGACAAGCUCCAGUUUGAGCCGCCGCUGCGGAAGGAAACCGAAGCUCACUCUGAAAUGGAUGUGAGUAAAGAUAAUGACUUCUCUUCCCCCUGGAGUCACUUUGCAGAGGGAGGAAUAACAACCAGGGGACACAUCGCCCACCUCGAAGAUGCCUUCGAAGAAGUGGAGCUGUCAGCUCUCAAUCCUCCUCCUCUGCCCCCAAAGCCGCGAUUAAACAGCUCGUCAGAGGAGCUCGGCCUUAGCGAGGAGACGUCUCUGACGGUUCGGAGGUUCCCCAACUCCGAGAACGGACCGAAUCAGGUGCCUCGCCGGCAGAGCACGCCCGAGCAGGGCAACAAGGGGGAACACUCGUCACCAGAUUUCCUCUCCGCCAGCGUCAGCAGCCCCGGCAUUUUGUCUCACGCCUCCGAUCCUGCCCUCAGUAAAUCAGAAUGUAAAGAUAACGACUCGGACGACAGCGAGAACGGAGGCAGCACCAAGCCGCCGCCCAACCGACAGCACCGGAAGGAGAAAAAGGAAUUCCCCAAACCAGCGAUCAAUGGUCUGCCUCCCACUCCUAAAGUGCUGAUGGGAGCCUGUUUCUCCAAAGUGUUUGACGGCUGCCCGCUGAAGAUCAACUGUGCCACGUCCUGGAUUCAUCCGGACACCAAAGAUCAGUAUCUGAUCUUUGGGACGGAGGACGGCAUCUACACGCUGAAUCUGAACGAGCUGCACGAAGCCACGAUGGAGCAGCUCUUCCCGAGGAAGUGUACAUGGCUGUACGUCAUCAACAACAACCUGAUGUCUUUGUCUGAAGGGAAAACCUUCCAGCUGUACUCCCACAAUCUCAUCGGGCAGUUCGAGCAACUGAAGAAACCCGGCCUGGCGGCUCAGUUCCAGACUCACCGCUUCCCGGACAAAAUCCUACCCAGGAGAUUCGCCUUGACAACUAAGAUCCCCGACACAAAGGGCUGUCACAAGUGCUGCAUUGUGAGAAACCCGUACACAGGCCACAAGUAUUUGUGUGGAGCGCUGCAGUCCGGGAUCGUCCUGUUGCAGUGGUAUGAGCCCAUGCAGAGGUUCAUGCUCAUCAAGCACUUUGACUUCCCUCUUCCCAGCCCACUGAAGGUGUUUGAGAUGCUGGUGGUCCCGGAGCAGGAGUAUCCUCUGGUGUGCGUGGCCAUCAGUCAGGGCUCAGAGCCGGGACAGGUGGUCCGCUUUGAGACCAUCAACCUCAACUCGUGCUCCUCCUGGUUCACCGAGAUGGGAACAAGUAAUCAGCAGGUGGACGCGAUCCACGUCACCCAGCUGGAGAGAGACACGGUGUUGGUGUGUUUGGACCAAAAUCUGAAGAUUGUUAACCUCCAGGGAAGACUGAAGUCCAACAAGAAGCUGGCGUCCGAGCUCAGCUUUGACUUCUGCAUCGGAUCUGUUGUGUGCCUUCAGGACAGCGUCCUGGCCUUCUGGAAACACGGCAUGCAGGGAAAGAGCUUCAAGUCUAACGAGGUGACCCAGGAGAUUUGUGAUCCAAGCAGAGUGUUCCGCCUCCUCGGAUCCGACAGGGUUGUGGUUCUGGAGAGCCGGCCCACGGACAACCCCACGGCCCUGAGCAACCUCUACAUCUUAGCAGGUCACGAGAACAGUUACUGAGCCUCUUGCACCCGCGUCCCGGGCGCUUUCUUUCCUUUUUUUUAUUUUUAUUUUAGAAAAGUGGAUAAGAUGUCACAGUUUUGGGAGAAAACUCCAGACUUUCACCCGAGCAUCGGCAGCCACGGGAAACGUCUGGUUUCAAACAGUUUUUGUUACUGAACACGGGAUGGACAGGUCAGUUUUUUAAAAAGAGGAUCCUCCUCCAGGAGCCUCGCACCAGCAGCACACGCUCACCGUGACUUAAACCCGCCGCCACGAGCAGCGGGAGGGUGGAAAUAAACGAACAUUUGUUACUCAGCAUUCUUCUCUCACUUCUCCGAGUUACAAACGACUUAUCUUUAGAGGUAUUAUUGACAAAAAAAAUAAAAAAAGUGCCAUUAAAGUUCAUAUGAAUGUGUGAUCGUAUUAGAGAGCGGCGGGAGAGUUUAUCGUGUUAUCGUCUUGUUGUCACUCAUAAUCAGUGCAGGUGGCAAACCUUGAUGGACAUUUUUAUAAACUGUAGUAAUAGAUCAAUUUAAACAGAAACUCACGAGCACUGUGGGUAAUUUAAGCAAUAUUUAUUAACCUCAUGAUAAGUAAGUAAUAUAGGGUAUGAUGGAUUUCCAGACUGUUAACAGGCAGCGACGGUGCAGUCCUGCCGCGUGAGGAUUAACUACCUAGUGAACAGUUCCUGAGCAGCUUGGGGUUGUUUUUACUCGCUCUGUAAUAUACCGCUGAUCUCUCUCCUGCUCGGCUGCGUUUUUAGACAUAAUGUACAUUUUUUUCCUCUUUAGUUUGUUUCUUUACCUUCUUUUAUAGACCUCUUUUACUUCUUAUUAUUUGCACCAUGUAAGCACUUUUGUACAUUUUUUUUUUUGUAAUUUAAAUUUAAAAUAAAAUGACAAAAUGAGGGACGAUGCUAGGUUUGGUUAACAUCUUUGCAUUCCCCUUCGCAAAAUGUUUUAAUGUAUGCUGUUUUUGUAAUAAAAAAAAAGAAAAAAAAAGCUGUUAACAAGA